AUGCCGUAUAUUGUAAGUCAGAAGGAUAAGUCGAUUACAGUACAAGUUUCAUCUCAAUAUACGUUUGGUAAGCCAGUAAAUGGAUCUGCUAGAUUAAGGAUAAUUGUUAACUAUUAUCCUAAAAGAAAAUAUCAAAAAGAUCCAGAUACAGGAAAAUAUGGUUACGUUGAUCUGACCCAGCCUGAACUUAUAUAUGACAUGCAGGGUUCAUCCUUAGGUGAUUACAAACAACCAUACCAAGUUUCGUCGAAAUCAGUCAAGAAUUUAUUGUGCCUUGUAGAGUGUUUACGAGCAAUUGUGGACGGACGACGGACGGACGGAUAG